AUGGAUAUAGAAUCGGAUGGCUCGGAACGAUGGGAGGACUUUUUCGGAAGUAGCACCGACAUCGGCCCCUCGGUACUCGGCUACUUGGAUACGCUGGCGGAAAACUUUAGCGAAGAGGCGAAGCAGCUCGUCGAACAGUCGCUGGUGGUGAACAAUGGCACCGCUGACUCACCACCGCGGACCACGAACAGUGUGGCCGCCCGUGUGAUGACCAAAGAUAAAGUAACAGUCAGUAGCGCCGUUGGACAGCCGUUGGGCUACGGCAACGAGGCCACCGGCCGCAUCGUUCCGAAACCGAGGAGAGCGACCAAGGCGGCCCCGUCACCUUUGACAAAAUCACUUUCUCCACCGCGUGCUGCCGGCCAUCAGCGAUUCUGCUGGAACCCAUCGCCCACGGUGCAGCGUUUGGUGGCUGGCGCGGAAGUGGCCGGCACGGAAGAAACGCAGCCCCAGCUAGAAUGUAGCAAUCGCCAAGCGACACUAAAUGUUGUGCGCAAACACGCACCAGCAGCAGCAGCAGUGACCGGCGUGUCGUGUCACAAGAAUUUGCCACUAUCGAAAAGUAUGGCCAAACUAACGCACGCCAACAGUGAGCAACUGUUCGAGGACGACGACCACGGGCACGGCGAGCUAUCGAAACGGCACGAUCGCCAACUUUCGCCCCGGGCAACGGACGUCUGCAGGCAGAUGGACGGGCGCGAGGAUCGAAACGGGAAUCCAGCAAACGGUGCUGGUGCUGGUGGUCAUGAUGAUGAUGACGAUGAUGAUUCAGGUGAAAUGCAGAAUGUCUCGGCGUUGCAGCGAAAAAUCCGCUCCCUAACGGUGGACCUGGAAAAAACCGAUGCCGAAGCCGAUUUGCCGUCACCGAAGGGGGGACCCUCAUCAACCGCGGCCGAUACUGACAAAGCGAUUGCGCCGUGUGAUGCAAAUCAAGAGGACACCUCCGUGGUGCUGUUGCGUAGAAAUUCCAGCGAACGAAUCGAUCACUCACGACGGGAUGAGCCCGGCGGUGGCGGCAAUGCGUUCGUCGAUAAUUGUGUUGACUUAUCCGAGCAUCGCAAUACGGUCGUGGAGGCACGCAAUCUUUCCAUCCGCCAUCCGACGCCAGACGGGACGCCCGAUCGUCAGCGACGCAGUAGACAGGAGCCUCAGCAGCAGAUCUCCUGCUCCAAGCGGAGAAACGACUCGAACCGAAAGCACCCGCCGCCUGUGUGUGGUGAGGCCCUUUCCGAUGGCACUCCGAACCAGUCGACACCGAGCCUGGAUCUGGCCGCCGGUAGUUCCGGGUACUCGAGCAAAGUCUCACUGGUGAUGGUGUCCCCCGGGACACCGGUGUUGAGUUCGCGGCCCCUCUCGUCAUCGUCCCUGUGCUCGUACUCAUCGAGCACCAGUUCCGGAUCGGAGGGUCGCCUGGUGGGUGGAAAGUGCAGUGCACCGUCCUAUCAGGCGAGCGUCGAAAGUUUGGCCGACCACAGCGAGCCGGAACACCGCGAGCUGAAGGGCGGUGGUGCAGGGCCGACCCCUAGCAGCGCCAGCGUCCUCGGUGUGGUCGUGGGUUUGACCAUGUGCGAGCGGGCCGUUCGGGAAAUAAUCGAUUCCGAGAGCAGCUACGUCAAGGACCUCGGUCAGGUGAUAAGAGGCUACCUGGAAGACUGGAAAGAGCGGGCCUGUCUGAAGUCGGACCAGCUGAAGGUGUUGUUCAGCAACAUUCAGGAAAUUUAUGAUUUCAAUUCCAAACUCCUUAAUCGGCUGCACGAAGCGAAAGGCGAUCCGAUGCGGAUUUCUAACUGUUUCAUCGAUUUGCACGCGGAAUUCAGCUGCUACACCAGCUACUGCACCAGCUAUCCGGAAGCGAUUUCCCUGCUAACGACACUGCUGCAAGCCACCCAUACGAACGCGCUGCUGGUGUCGACCCAGAAGCUGCUGAAACAUACGCUCCCACUGGGCUCGUAUCUGCUGAAACCGGUGCAACGGAUUCUGAAGUAUCAUUUGCUGUUGGAAAACCUCCGGAAGCACUGCGGCCACCAGCAGGUGGUGCUGGCGUACGAGCUGAUGAAGCAAGUGGCGCACAACAUCGAUCAGGUGAAAACGAAGCUCGAUCAGCACCGGCUGGUGAAGGAACUGGCCGGCGUGCUGGACGGUUGGCUCGGCCCGGAUCUGUCCGUGCUGGGCGAUCUGCUGCACGAGGGACGCCUGCUCGAGCAGGGCAAGGCCCGGUUUGUGCUGCUCUUCCAGACGAUGCUCAUCAUCACGAAGCCGAAGGAAGACAAAAGGCUCCAGUUCCGCGCCUACAUACCGUGCAAGAACCUGAUGCUGGUGGAGCAUUUGCCGGGUGAGCCGGCCAGCUUCAAUGUGAUUCCGUUCGACGAUCCGAAGGGCGUGAUGAAGCUGACGGCACGGCACCGCGAGGAGAAACGGGUUUGGACGCAGCAAAUCAAACAGGCCAUGCUCGAGCACUACGAUAUUCCGAAGCGUGCCAAGGAACUGGUGCUGCUGUUGGGCGAUGAAGAUGAACGCUUCACGGACAAACCGUACUGGAAGCGGCCCACCAAUAAUUCGCCCGUGCCCGAGUACCUGGAACGGCGCCAGCAGUUCCGGCGCAGUGAGAUGCGGAUGCGUUCGAAGAAGAAUUUGCUCAAAAAAGAUUCCUCCACUUCGCUCGGCGUUGGCGUCGGCCAGCAGCAGCAGCAUCGUGGUGCUCUAUCCACCCCAUCGUUUCGGUCUUAUUCGAGUGAGUUUGAGUGUGUGGCCACCGCUGGUCACCAAGAAUCCACGGCGGUCGUCGGUGGUGCUGAGCAGCCAACGGUCACGGCCGUCACGGAGGGCAAAGCACCGGCGGAUGAGUGUAAGUGCGAUGCGGUCAAGAAGCAGCUGCAGGAAGAGAUAAAACACCACCGGCCGGAGAAGGGCUCGAAGGGCGUGCCGAUUAAACCGCCACGGCGCCGCACGGACUCGGUCAAUGUUGAAGAGGAAGAGGAGGAGCUGCUGCUGUUAAAAUCCCUAAACGAACGCCGCAAGCUGACGAAUCCGAUGCGCCGCAACAGUAAGGUGUCGAAGGAAAGCCUGGCGGUCAUCAAGGCGUACAACAGCACCAUGAUUCCGAAGCGCAUCAGUGAGAUGCGCAAACGCAGACCAAAGACACUGACCGGCAGUUCCACGUUUUACACCGAUCUGGAUUUGACAGAGGAUGUCACUAACACCGCCAGCACCAGCGCUCCGGUGGAUGUGUUGCCCUCGUGCCAUGAGUCGGAAACUGCGAAGCCAGACGACGCUCUGGCAAAGGUUGGUCCCACAGGAAGAAUGCCACAGACAACGACCCCUCCACCACCGUCAGGUGACGAUAAGAAGCUUCUUCGCGAGCACAGUGCACCCCCGGCCGUGUCCUCUAAAGUAAUGACCCCAGGUACAACGCGGCAGCAGCAGCAUAUGAAGGACUCGGAAAUCAUCUCCAAGCUCCUGUUGGACGUGGAACAGUUCAAUAAAAUGUUCCACAAGCAACCGAAAAAGAAGUCUUCAUCCGACACGGUGUCCUUGCGCCGCCAUGGCUCCGUCGGCGAACGGAAACCGGAACCGCCCAGCACGGAGCCUCCAUGUGAGGAAGAUGGCAAUCGCGGAGUAUCUCCCGCUCCCGUGGCUAUUCAGCGUAGCGUGUCCGAACCGGCGGCUCAACCGGACUCGGAACCGAUCUACGAAUCUUUACUACGGAACGUACACGUCCCGUACAAGUAUGCUCCCCCGGCACUGGCCCGGCACUCGUUGCCGUGUGGUGAAACCGGAGGCAGCGUCUCGGAUCCGAUUCUACCACCGAGGGUAGGUCAAUCCGGAGCAGCAGCAGCCGCAGGCACGGCAAGAACACGCCCGGAAUCGGAUUACGUUACGUUGGCGUACUCGGAACUCGGCUUGCUCCAGGGAAUCGCCCCAGAGGACCCCGAUCUCGAAGCGGUGGAGAAGCGUGGGGAGAAGGAACGAACCACCCCGGGUCAGUUGUUGCGCAGCAGUGACACCAACAUCAGCUACCAUCGAGAAGUGGCCGAGGCACUAGCCCGGCCUGGCACCGAAGAGGAGGAACAACAGCCGGACGGUGUCGAUGGCGUACCGUCCGACACUCGGUCGGAGAUCGUGCAUUCCUACGAAGAGCCGCUACCGGCGAAGGCCUUCGAGCGGCAGGGCAGCCUCAGCAUGAAGGGUAGCCCCGGUGGACAAAAGAGCAUCCUGCAGCGAUUCAUUUCACUGCACACGUCACCGACCGGCACGUCGUGCGGUAGCGACAGCAAUCUGCUGCGCUUUCCUCCCCUCCAGCGGAAGCUGUCCGAGCCGAAUGCCGCUGGCGGACGGUCGACGGAACUGGGAUCGCUUGGACACAUCUACAAGCAGGGCAGUAUGGAUUUGGGUUCCCGCAUUGCGCACCUCGACUAUGCCGAUCCGCGGACACUGUUCCCCACGCACGCACCCACGGCAAACGGCGCUGGGAAUAAUGUGCUUAUCAACCGGGUAUCGAUGCAAUCGGUGUCGUACAACGCGCUGGCUUCGGGGGAGCAACAGCGCGACUCGAUGCUCGCUUCCAGCUCAUCGUCCAGCGAGGGCAGUGUGUGCGAGGACCAACAACCGGUGCUCGCUCUGAACGACGACGAGGACGACGAAAACUGCUGCUUCUACGAGCGCACCGUGGAGGAGUGUCUCGAGCACGACUUUCGCGAUUCGGCCGUGUACAGCGGCGACGACAACGAUCGGCGAACUGGCGGUGGCGGUGGACACGCGUUCUACGAAACGCCGUCCGAUUCAUUCUUGAAGACCCCGCCGACGCCGCCGUCGCCGCAAGGUACCUUUGGCGGACAUCCGCCGCCUAUUCCGGCCAAACCGAGCCACCUCGGGCUCGGUCGAACAAAGUACCGGCUAGAGCCGGGUGUCGUCCCGGUCCAGGGUACGAGCCCGGACCCUUCUUCCAUCAAUCCGAAACCCAGCAGCAGUCGCGGUUGGGUCCUUCAGCAAGUCAGACGCUUUCAGUGAAGAGGCGCGUGGCGCUGGUAAGCAUUAACCCGACUUCCUUCAAGUACCCCUUUAGUGUUUGUUUUGCCAUUCAGCAUUUUUGCGAGCCGUUCCGUAUGUGGUUACUAUUACGACUACUACUACUACUACUGAUCGACUGCGAUCUUGUAGCCAAAGAAAAUGAGAGAAAGAGCUAUCGGUCGGUCGGUCGAAAGGGUAACAGUACGGGGAAUAAUAUAUCAUGUAUCUCUCUCAGAUAGGUCCUUUGUUUGCGUGUGUCCCAUCCACCCAUCGCCAUCGAGUAAACCAACUCCCCCUAGUGAAUUAAUUAGUAAAAUGGAAUCCCCCAAGCUGUCUCGUGAUGCUAAAAGCUAACAGAUGCCUGUUCCCUAGCAUUGAGCGCCGCCAUCAAAGGACUUCCCCAUAGGUAGAGAAAGAGAGAGAGUGUGUUAGGUUAGGUUAGUGGCAAAUUCCUCCGCACCGCAAAACGGAUCGUUUUGCGGAUCGGUACGGAUGCGCACGGUAUUUAUGUUGUUGUUUAAGAUUAUUUGUUUGAAUUCUAUCCACCCCCGAGUGGCCCGGCACAUAUCUA